AUGUCCGACCAAGAGAUGGACCGCGAGUGGCAGCCAAACGCCCGCCGCCCGCAAUCCACCGUCGCCCAGAUGUUCUCUCAGGAGUUGAUGGACAUCUUCCGAAUCGACAACAGCGUCGCGGACCUCGACGAGAAGGUGGACAAGCGGAAGCAACAAAUCAACUCCCAAGCCUCUGAGCUCGAGGCCCUCGAGGCCCGCAUCCGCGAGAUGGAGGCGAGGCUAAAGGGACAAGGCAGCCCCAUCGCCUCCAGCAGCAGCGCGAAGACAGGCAACGCCCCGCCGCUCCCCGCGAAGGAUUACCCCGUGCGAGAGCAGCAAAAGCACGCCGGCAGCCGCCCCGGGACCGCCCGGCAGGGCCAGCCCGCUGUCCGGGGAGCACUCCCACCCACCCCCGCGGGAAGCGAAGGUGAAUUUGCGCCUUCUCUCCUCCCCCCCUCCCGAACCGCCCCCCGGCCGCCAGGACCGCAAGCGAAGACGCACCUUGCUGCAUCCAACGUCGGCACCGGCGCGCGCCCUGCAUCCGCCUCGCGAGCGAACGAGCCAUCUGCGCCGGGGGGCGACGCGGACUCUAUCAAGUCCCUGUCCGAGAGCGCGAGUUUUGCUGACUAUGUCUUUGUCCCCGAACCAGACGGCGAUCGCGAGCGGGACGCUUAG